UCCCGCCCCGCAGCGCCGGCCCUGCUCCGGCGGGAGGUCCCCGCAUGCCGCUGCUCCGCCCGCCUCUCCACCGCGUCUGUGCCUUGGGCCGCCCGCCCGUCCGCGCCCUCAUGAACCUCCGGGAGCUCGUUUCUGCCCUGAAUGACUUCGCAUCCCCCGCCCUGGCUGAAAGCUGGGACAAUGUGGGAUUGCUGGUGGAACCGAGCCCUCCCCACACUGUGAACACCCUUUUCCUCACUAACGACCUCACUGAGGAGGUGAUGGAAGAGGCAGUGCAGAAGAAAGCGGACCUCGUUCUUUCUUACCACCCUCCUAUAUUCGCACCACUCAAGCGAGUAACGUGGAAAACCUGGAAGGAACGGCUGGUGGUCCGAGCCUUGGAGAACAGAAUCGGGAUUUAUUCUCCACAUACGGCGUACGAUGCCAUACCUCACGGAGUUAAUAACUGGCUAACAAAGGGACUCGGCACCUGUACUUCUGUCCCACUGCAUCCAUCAACUGCGCCAAGCUCUCCAGCUGAGGGCACUCACCGGGUAGAAUUCUGUGCAGAUGCUGAGCAUCUGGAUGCAGUCCUGUCCAAAAUCAAAGACAUCCCAGAGAUCUCUUGUCUCACUACUCUCCCAGUCAGGGUUGAAGGUGAGGAACAAACACGAGUCAGUCUGAACUGCUCUCAGAAAGCCCUGCUGGAGGUGGUGGCAUUAUUGUCCCAGAACAGCCUUCUUUAUCACAAGACCGAGAUUCUUUUACUACAGAAGCCUCUUCUUCCCCAUACUGGAAUGGGACGCCUGUGCACCCUGAUCGAGCCGCUCUCCCUAUCAGACACAGUGGAGCGCAUCAAAGGGCACCUGGGGCUCCCCCACAUCCGCCUGGCCCUCGGGGCGGGCAGGACACUCGAAUCACCAGUGAAGAAAGUUGCUCUAUGUGCUGGUUCUGGGAGCAGUGUCCUGAAGGGAACAGAAGCUGACCUCUAUCUCACAGGAGAGAUGUCCCACCAUGAUGUGCUGGAUGCAGUUGCCAAUGGGAUAAGUGUUAUUCUGUGUGAGCACAGUAACACUGAGCGAGGCUUCCUGUCAGAGCUGCGUGAGGCACUCACCAUCCACCUACAGAAUAGAAUCAACAUCAUUGUGUCUGAGAAAGACAGAGAUCCUCUCCAGGUGGCAUAGGGGGAAAAAACUGAUGAGAGAAAAUUCAGUCAAUAGUGUUAUCUUGCACAGACCUGUCCAAUUGCAGAGCUUAAUGAAGGUGCUUUCAAUUGGUCCAGUACAGAAUGAUUGUACUAUAUGGUACCUCAAAGUCUGGGGUAUAUUUUGUCAUGUCAGAAAAAUAAAUGUUUGUUUUGGAAUACCAAACGUUCGUUUACUUGA